CGUGGUGACAGUGGAAGUCGGGCGCGACGUGGGCCCGGGGUCGCCUCCUGGCCGAUCGAUAGUAUUCACGAUACCGAGGUCGCUGGAACGGCCCUGCGGACGGCACCUGGUUGCGACCUUCACCGAGAGUCCCCAUGACGAGCUCCAGUUAUUAGGCCGUGCGAGCUGCUGUAAUUCAUACCUUCGGCAGAGCUUGACGCAACGGGAGAGAAGAGAGCGAAGGCCUUCGCUCGUCCCCGAAACGAUAGCACGAACAAAGGAGUCGUCGAGGAGGAAGCGACCACUGGAAGAGGAAGUCGAUAAAGGCCGGAUUGCGAUGGCGAGUGCGAGAUGACAGAGGACUCGGACGAGGGGGAUGACCGCGCGUCACCGGAAUAAGGAGGAGGAUGUGGAGGUCCAAGUGGUCGAGGCUCAUAGAGUGCCUGAGCCGGCCCCAGAGCCUCGUGCUCCUGUUACUCCCGUGUCUGCUCGCCCUCACCCUCUACUUCCUCGCCGGCAAUGAGUUCGAUCUCAAGGGGCUGCAGUACCUCGCCUUUCGCACUUACAAUACCUCCUACGAUGUGGUCGAUGGGUACUUAGUCUGGAAUUCAAAAUGUCACAUGCUGUCGAAGAAUCCUCUAGAUCCGUCCAUCGUCAAGUUCGUAAAGAGGGAAAAGUUUGAAACUUGCUCGACAACGCCAUUACUAACGAGCAUCUCCAGGGAGUCCAACGGAAGUGUCUAUCUAGUCAUUAACUCCAAAGCAGCGAAGCAUUAUAAUGAUUUGUCCUGUUGCUGGGCGCCCGUCAUUAGGCCAACCAUUUCAAUUAAAUUGUUAUCGGAGAAGGAAUACGAUUCGAAAAUUAGUGUCGGCCAGUGCGAGGAGUUCAAAGGCCAAGUCCUUCUUCACAAGAGCGUGGAAACUCUCCUAGUCACCUGCAAAACAUUAAAGCCGCUUAAGCCGUCGAAGGGAAAAGUCAAGAUAACAAAGGCCUCCAGCGGAUUGGUAUACGAAAACGUGCACGCGGUCCUUAAUCCGGAGAAAGUGCACGAGCGAUUGAACAUCUCGGACUUUAGAGGGAGCAACAAUAGCCGUCGAGCCCAAGCCAGAGAACUUAGCAUCCUUAUGCUCGGGAUAGACAGCGUCUCCCGACUGAAUUUCCACCGGUCCAUGCCACUUACGAGGGAGUACCUCGAGAGCCAAGGCUGGCUCGAGCUCAAGGGCUAUAACAAAAUGGGAGACAAUACCUUUCCCAACCUCAUGGCCUUUCUCACAGGCUACAAUCAGUCACUCGCCUACUCCAAAUGCAAGCCCAAGCUUCCUUACGGCCUUGACAACUGCUCCAUUAUCUGGUACAAUUUUCGGGAUGCUGGAUAUGUAACCGCAUACGGCGAAGAUCACGCGCCUAUUAGUACCUUCAAUUAUCUCAAGGUUGGCUUCGUCGAUCCACCAACGGACUAUUAUCUACGACCCUAUGUUCUCGCUUCGGAGAAGCUGCUGAAGAUCCGUCAGCGUUUCAGCGCCAAGUAUUGCACGGGUCCGGAGCUGAGUGUCGAUCGCAUCUUCGACUUCGCCGUGGACUUCGCCAAGACGUUUACGAAGCAGCCGUACUUUGGCUUCUUUUGGACGAACGGCGUCAGCCACGAGAACGUGAACGGGCCCUCGUCAAUCGACGGCCACUUUCUCGCCAAACUCCAAGACAUGGAGGCCUCGGGCGUAAUGAACGACAGUAUGAUUAUAGUCCUGAGCGAUCACGGGAUGCGCUACGGUGACAUUAGGAGCACCUUCGUCGGCUGGUACGAGGAGCGUCUGCCCUUCAUCUAUAUCUGGCUGCCCGAGUGGUUUCGCGAGCAGGACCCCGAAAGUUACCACGCGCUGCGCAUCAAUCAGAACCGUUUGACCUCGCCCUACGACCUCUACGAGACCUUGCGGGACGUCCUGAGUCGCGCGGGCGGCCAAGCGCCAUCGAGCAGCGGCUGUCCCCGUUGCGCAAGCCUUUUCGAACCGGCACCCCGAGCUCGCGGCUGCACCGACGCCGGCGUCGCACCCCACUGGUGCACCUGCGCGGCCUUCCAGUCGGGCAGCACGAACGACAAGAUCGUCGUCGAUGGCGCCAACCGGUUCGUCGAGCACAUGGAGGAGAUAGUGAAGCGCUACAAGAACAAGAAGGGAGCGAGACUCUGCGAUAAGCCCAAACUAAAGAGGAUACGCAGAGUGAAUCAGGUGCUCGACCUUGACAAGAACGCCGAUCCCAAUGUCAUUGAGCUCUUUUACCUGCUGGAAGUUGGCCCGGGCGACGGCAAGUUCGAAACGACCAUACGCUACUACGGGCCCGGUAAUUAUACGAUUCACGACGACGAGGUCAGUCGGAUCAAUUCUUACGCACAGAGUGCCAAAUGCUUAGACCAGGGCUACAAACAGUAUUGCCAUUGCAAAAAGUAAAUUAACAUUAAUUGAUUUAACGUAUCGCGUAACGUGUACUUAUUGUAUUAAUGGAGGCGACGUCUGCGCUUCGAGUUAACUGACUCUCGUCACAUCCGAGCGGCUAUUGAAAAUUUUGAAUAUUUGGAUGUCUAUGGGAUUGAUUUAUUAUCCUGCCACUAGAAAUUCCAUA